UAGAAAUUGUUUUCUUGCUGUGAACUUCCUCUCCGAAAGUAAUCUGUUAUUGAGAACUUUAGACUGUAUUAUUGUAAAAGAACGAGAGCAUUUUCAAAAUAAUGAACAUAUACUUUUGUGGAAGCAUCCGUGGAGGGAGACAGGACGUGAAUGUUUACCAGCGAAUAGUGAAGCAAUUACAGAAGUACGGCAACGUUUUAACAGAGCAUGUCAGCUAUGAUAGUCUGUCUGAAAAAGGUGAGGACGCAGUCUUGGACGGAGACAAAGCGAUUCAUGAUCGGGAUAUGGAGUGGCUUACGAUGUCUGAUGUGAUAGUGGCUGAGGUGACACAACCAUCUUUAGGAGUCGGCUAUGAACUUGGUCGAGCUGUGGCAAUGAACAAGAGGGUUCUCUGCCUCUUCAGACCUUCUUCUGGAAAAGUGCUGUCUGCAAUGAUAAGAGGAGCAGCUUCUACAAUGACAGACUCGCUCUUUCAUGUACAAGACUACACAGAGGAUGAAGUCGAGAGUAUCUUGGAGAAGUACUUUGAUUCUCUCGCCAAGAACUGAUUUCAGUGCAUCAUAUACAUAUUAACAAAUCUCUUCUAUGUUAUGCCUCUAGUUUGAGUCAUAAGUGGGCCAUAAUUAGUUUGUAAAAAGUAUUUGAGGUUACAUGUAUUGAGCAUAUUUGUAAUAUCAGUUAAAAAGUACUUUAAUUAGUGUAUUAUACUUAAAUGUGAGUAAAUCUGUUCUAGCUACGUAAACAUUGGUUCAUUUAAAUAAAGGUACUUAUAACUAGGGAUGUGCACGAGUAGUCGAGUACUCAAGUAUUCAUUCUGCAAUAAUUAUUCGAAUAGUAAAAAUAAUAUUAGAAUUUUGCAAAAUUUUGCUUUGUUUGCCAUAUAUACAGUACAGUGAGAUGCAUGUUAAGUCCUGAACACACAAACUAAAACUCACAGUUAUAACAGAAUGCACUGGGUGGCUCUGUUGAGUUUGGACACACGUUUUUUUUUUAAUGGUGACGCAACCUUUAUGACAAAAAUAAAUACAUUUUACAACGUCUCUUUCUCAUUAAUUACCUUCAUUUAAAUGAAAGAAUAUUCAAGUAUACAUUUUUUAUAAGCUUAAAUAUUUAAAUACCAAAUUAUUGAAGAAUGCCCAUCCCUACUUAUAAUUGUGAGGCAAUGCAAGGCCUUUUAGUUCUGUAGAUGUUUUAAAAUGUCCACCAGGGGUCACCUUUUAUCUUAACUUUACACAUCUCUUCAUGCAGACCAAGGUAAAAGGAAUCCACCCACACUCCUUUUUGCAUCUCACUUCUUUAGAGCAAGUGGCCUUGAACACCAAAUAAACUAUAAAAGGUUUACAGGUACCUUGUUAAUCUUAAAGGAACAUUUCACCCAAAAAAAAUGU